UAAUAUACUUGCAGACGAUGUAGAGCAUCGUGUUGUGUUGCUCUGGUUUCACCCUCGUCUGAAUUAUUAAAUGAUUGGCAACUUUAUUUCAAGUUAAUGUAGUAUUCCGGCAAUAAAAUGUUAGCACAGGCUCAGCAGCUAAAGCUAAGUGAUGUUAGCAACCCGACGUUGAAGUUAGCCUGUGGAGCCACUGAGUUGCCUAGCGUUGCUCCCGUUAUCUAACUCAAUAACGUUAGAGACCGGGGUUGCCUGGCAAGCUUGGUAGCUGGCGUUAGGUUGCAGUAACGGCUAACCAACCGCUCUCUAGCCGUUGACCGACAGGAUGAACCGAAGCAGGCCGGUUAGUUUCUGUAGCUACAGUGUUGACUCUCCCGCUGGAUGAGUACCGUUACACUGGACUGCUAGCGUGUGCUAACCGUACCUCGGGGCCUAAGGAUGUCAGACCACUUAUCUCUAAUCAGAUUCAGUCAUAAAGGAAGACGUCGUGUGCAGUAGUAAUGUUACAACGUUAUCCGAUAAAGUGCAUUGAAUUAAUCAUUUGAUUCAGCCUGUCCACAUAGGAGGGGAGAUCGUGUUACUUUGGCUCUACCCAAAGAGCCUGUAGCGCUGGAGUCCACCAUUGAGUAUGAUUCCCUGGCUGCGGUGGAGGUGAGGAAGCAUGGGGUGGAAAUCUGAGGUGUCAAGACAAACGUGAUGACAGUAUGGUCAACGGUGGAGAAGCUCAAAAUGGAAAAACGCCCAUGGAGGGAGGAGAACAUUGACUCAAGCGAGGCCCAGCAUGCCACUGACGAUUCUGAGGAUGGAAGCAGCUCAGAAAGCGAAUCAGAAGAGCAGCAGUGCCAGCAGGUUCAGGUGAACAGCAGCAGGUGUAAGAAGAAGGAGCCCUUGGCUGUCACAAAACCCCACCGACAACUCUGUCGCUCUCCAUGUCUCGACCGGCCCAGUUUUUCCCAGAGCAGCACUGUGCAAGACUUUCGUGAGGAUGAGACUAGUGUGGGAACAGGGAUCAAGUCUGCCAGUGACAGGGAGUACCAGACCAAGAUGGAUUUUGCUUUGAAGUUGGGCUAUUCAGGAGAGCAGGUGGAGACGGUGCUCAACAAGUUGGGUGCUGCUGCACUUAUUAAUGACGUUCUCGCUGAGUUAGUAAGGCUUGGAAACAAAGUAGAGCCUGAAAUUCAACCUUGCAGCAGUACGGCCAUAACAUCAAUAUCACGGUCCCCCUGUGUUAAAGAGACUGUUAGUCCGGAGGUGUCAGUGGAGGAUGACUCUGUGGAUACCUUUGAUAACCUCAGGCCCAUCGUCAUCGAUGGCUCAAAUGUGGCAAUGAGUCAUGGAAACAAAGAGGUGUUCUCUUGCCGUGGUAUCCAACUUGCUGUGGAAUGGUUCUUGGAGAAAGGACACAAAGACAUCACUGUGUUUGUCCCUGCCUGGAGAAAGGAACAGUCGAGGCCUGACGCCCUCAUCACAGAUCAAGAAAUAUUACGCAAGCUGGAAAAAGAAAAGAUCCUGGUUUUCACCCCAUCUCGGAGAGUUCAAGGCAGGAGAGUGGUGUGCUAUGAUGAUCGCUUCAUAGUGAAGCUGGCUUAUGAUUCUGAGGGAAUUAUUGUGUCAAAUGACAACUACAGGGACUUGCAAAAUGAGAAGCCAGAGUGGAAGAAGUUCAUAGAAGAGCGUCUACUGAUGUACUCAUUUGUCAAUGACAAGUUUAUGCCGCCUGAUGAUCCACUGGGAAGACAUGGUCCAAGCUUAGAAAACUUCCUCCGCAAGCGUCCUGUUGUUCCAGAGCACAAAAAACAACCUUGCCCCUAUGGAAAAAAGUGCACAUAUGGACACAAGUGCAAGUACUAUCACCCAGAGCGUGUCAACCAGCCACAGCGGUCAGUGGCUGAUGAACUACGGGCCUUUGCCAAGUUGUCUGCGGUGAAGACGAUGAGUGAAGGGGCGUUAGCCAAAUGUGGUACUGGUCCAGUAACUGUAAAGGGGGACAGCAACUCUGAGGUCAAACGUGUGGCCCCCAAACGUCAAUCUGACCCCAGUAUUCGCUCAGUGGCCUGUGAACCGCCAGAGGCACUGUCCGUUAUUAGGAAGUCUGAGACAAAUUCAGUGCCUUCCCUUGUGUCUGCUCUCAGUGUGCCCACCAUGCAGCCUGCCAAGAGCCACGCAGCUGGGGCCUUGAACACACGAUCAGCCAGCAGCCCGGUGCCAGGUUCUUUGCAGUUCGCACACAGUUCCCUGGAGCACAUGUCCAGUGUACAGUACCCUCCUAUUUUAGUAACCAAUAGUCAUGGCGCCUCUGUUACAUACAGUGAACAGUUCCCUAAGUAUGACUCAGUUAGCGACCAUGGAUAUUAUUCACUGCACAGUGAUUUUUCAAAUAUGAGCAUGAGCAGCAUGCAUAAUGUCGACAGUUUCUGUAGCAUGGAGCACGAGCAUGGUGUGUAUCAGAGAAAUCCCAGCCACUGCCCUGAAUCCUGCCUCAGCCAUUCAAACAGUGACUCGUUCUCCUCUUAUGGGGACCUGUACCCAAGCUCUGUGGACAGUAGCUUAGAGGAGAGCAUGAAGGGGCAACAGCAGUCUCCUGCACAAAGUAGGAUGCAGACUUUCUCCCAUGGGUUUCGUCAUGAAGCACUGACUAGGGUACAGAGUUACGGACCUGAGGAACCCAAGCAGGGCCCCCGUAAGCAGUCUGGAUCUCAUCUAGCACCGCAUAUCCAGCAUGUUGCAGUGGGAGCCAGGUCCAGCUGUCCUGGAGACUAUCCCCUAACUCAGAAUGUCCUCCCACCUUUGUCCUCACAGCCCACACGGUCUCUUGGUAUGACUCGUAUGGACAGUAUAUCAGAUUCAAGGCUCUAUGAUAGCAACCCAAUGAGACAGAGGCGACCUCCACUGUGCCGUGAGCAGCAUGCAAGCUGGGACCCUCUGCCUUGUGGUAAUGAGUCCUAUGGGUAUCAUUCGUAUCCAUUAAAUAACAGCCUGAUGCCGUGUUGCGAGCGGGUGAUGGUCCGCAGCAUGCCAGACAAGAUGGAACAAAUCUGGAACUCGCCAUGGGAGAUGCCAUCUGCAGUUGAACAUCAAGAGCGGUAUGUCAUCCCAGACCACCAGUAUCAAACAUAUCGGAACCUUUGUAACAUCUUUCCUGCCUACGUAGUCCACUCAGUAAUGGAGAAGAACCCUCAUUUGACAGAUCCACAACAACUCGCCGCUGUCAUUGUUGCAAAACUGAGGUCAUGCCAUUGAGCUGUUAAUCUUAUUAAACAUUCAAAAAUUAUGUGAUAAGAGAAACACGGAUCUUUAUUGCAAGGAUAGGCACUUGUUAAAUGUUGCUGUAUGUGCAACACCUGCCCUCAGGAGUUUUUUUGUUUUGUUUUUAUGUCUCGGAUGUGAAAUCUGGAUAUCGGAUUUUAGAAGAUGACAGAAGUAAUCAGCAUAGAGAAAGUUUGUCUAAUAAGUUUAUCUCAAAUUGUAAGAUGUUUCACAUAUGAAAGCUAUGUUUUUAUAUGAAGUGUGGUGCAAUUGAUAUGAGGGAACACCUUAUUAGAAAUCUGCUUCAUAACACAUUCAUACUACCUGAGCAGGAGCUUGUUAUUUUAUCCAUGAUUAACUGAACCAUCGUUCAACAUAAUUCAUUCUAGAAAAUGCAUAUAUAGAAUAGUCUGAUAACAUUUGGCAGGACUUGUGAAUGUCCCUUCUUCUGAAUAGAUUCCUGUUGAUUUAACGGAUUACAUGAUGUUUAAAUAUUGUGAAUGGAGCCCCAAAGUGUUCAGUCUUAAAUAAAUAAAAUAAGAAAUAAUUAUCAAGUAAUUAAAUGAAAUAAAUAAUCACAGGAAUAAAUUGUCUAAAAUGUAUAACUGACUAACUACUUUAAGAAAUAUUUAAAACUCAACUCACUAUUAUGAAAUGUUAUUAUUAAUGUUAUUUUAUUAAAAUCUUACAGCAGUUUAUUUUUUAUUUCAUAAUCAACUCCCCCUCUCCCCCCAAAAAAGCCUUAAUUUAAAAAUGUAUUUCAUAAUUAAAUUUUCCCCAAUUAGACUUCAUUUGUAAUUUAUAUAUUUUAGACAUUUUAUUCAUGUUUAUUUCAUGGUGUCUUUUUCCAUUUUAUUUAAUGUUGAAUACUUUGUGGUUUCAUGACUAUGAUGGCCAGCUGGAUAACAUCAGAAUUUAAGCCGAACUAAUGUAGCUGAAACUUCAAUCAGUGUGAACUAAGUUCAAUUCAAUUC